AUGACGGUUGACAUCGAGAAAACGCAUCCAAACGGUGCAUCCGCACGGCCAAAUAUCGCAGCGGCGGACGAGGCGCUCCUUGCAAGUCUCGGGUACAAGCAGGAGUUCAAACGAGAGUUCACUGGGCUUGAGACCUUUGGCAUCGCGUUCAGCAUCAUCGGAUUGCUUCCGUCAAUAGCGUCUGUGCUCUCUGACUCGUUACCAAGCGGAGGGGCAGCGGCGAUGGUCUGGGGCUGGCUCGUCGCGAGCAUCUUCAUCCUUCUCGUCGGGAUGUCCAUGGCGGAGCUGGCUAGCGCGGCGCCUACGUCUGGCGGGCUCUACUUCUGGACGCACUCCCUGUCCUCGCCGCGCUGGCGGAAUCUGCUCGCGUGGAUCGUGGGAUACGCGAACACGAUUGGGUCCAUUGCGUCGAUCGCGUCAAUCGACUGGGGGUGCGCAGUGCAGGUCAUGGCUGCUGUAUCCAUCGGGUCGCCCAACCAGAGCUUCUCCGCGACUGCGGGUCAAGUCUUUGGGGUCUACGCGGCGAUCGUGAUUUCGCACGCCGUGAUUUGCUGUCUGGGCACGAAGGUCCUCGCGCGGCUUCAGACGGUCUACGUCGUUCUCAACGUCUUACUUUGUUUGGCGGUGAUCAUUGCGCUGCCUGCUGCUACGCCGAAGGAGUACCGGAACAGUGCGGCGUAUGCGUUCGGGAAUUUCACUAAUUUGAACGGGUGGACGAACGGCUACGCGUUCAUACUGUCAUUCCUUGCGCCGCUCUGGACGAUCUGUUCAUUCGACUCCAGCGUACACAUUAGUGAAGAGGCAAGUAACGCAGCGACAACUGUGCCCUGGGCGAUUGUGUACGCCAUUGGGAUCGCGGGUGUCCUUGGAUGGGCGAUCAAUGUCGCGCUAGCGUUUUGCAUGGGCACUGAUCUCGAUGGUAUUAUGUCCUCCCCAGUAGGGCAGCCCAUGGCGCAGAUCUUCUUCAAUGCCUUUGGAAAGAACGGGACACUUGCGCUCUGGGCGUUUGUCGUGCUCGUGCAAUACAUGAUGGGCUCAUCUAUGGUACUUGCUGCAUCCCGCCAGUCCUUCGCCUUCUCGCGCGACGGCGCGCUGCCUUUCUCGUCAUGGCUCUACCGCAUGAACUCCUUUACCGGUACACCCGUCAAUACCGUCUACUUCACAUGUGCCUUCUCGCUGCUGCUCGGCCUUCUCGCCUUCGCGGGCGAUGCCGCCAUCAACGCGAUCUUCUCACUGUCAGUCGUCGCGCUCUAUGUUGCGUACGCGAUCCCGAUCGCCGCGCGGUUCCUGGGCGACAAUGACUUCCAGCCGGGCCCGUUUAGCUUGGGAAGAUGGAGUGCACCCGUGGCGGCGGUGGCGAUCGCGUGGAUGGCGUUUAUGGGCAUCGUGUUUUUGUUCCCGACGACGCCGCAGACAGAUGUGGCGGAUAUGAACUACGCUGUCGUCGUGCUUGGGGGAGUGCUUAUCCUGUCGCUCGUGUGGUACUACUUCCCGGUGUACGGCGGCGUGCACUGGUUCACGGGCCCUGUGUCGACGAUCGAGCGGACAGCGGCGAACUCGCCGAGGCAGAGCCAGGAUACGUUGGAGAAGAAGGGUGGGGCGUCUGUUGCGGAGCAGAGUGCUUGA